AUGCCUCAAGAAAACUCCAAGAUUUCAGAUCCCGUUGCUACAGCUGAGGCAGCAACCGAAGCAAUUGCUGAGUCCAGCGAGCAGCAAGAUGCGCCAGAAUCUGAGAACGAGAGCGGCGAGGAGGCAGUAGCUGGCGGCGAGGAGGCCACGCAGAAAAAGAAGAAGAGCAGAAAGCGCAAGAUCAAGGACGCGUUGACGGGCAAGGGGAAGGCGCCAGAGAUCACGGAUGCGAAUUCGCCAGCGGGCGCACAUCUUAGCAAGAACCAGAUGGCCACACUGCUCGAAUCCAAUCCCGCGCUGAAGCAGGACCUGACGUCCAAGGCGAAAAGCAAGACAGACUUGGAGGAGAUGAUAAGGAAGCUCAACAUCAACGAGAUGCUGACUGGCCUGGCGCCGCAGGGCAAGAACGCUAAGGAUAUGGCGGGCCAUGCGUUCUGGAAGACACAACCUGUGCCUAGCUUCGACGAGAUGGCAGGCGGAGAGAAGAUCGCAGAUGGGCCGAUCAAGGAGAUCGACAUUGAGAAGGUGGACAAGAACCCAAGCCCUAUGUACCCUGGCUUCGAGUGGGUGACGAUGGACCUUGAGGACGAGAAGCAGCUGGAGGAGGUGUAUGAGUUGCUCACGAACCACUACGUCGAGGACAAGGACGCGACCUUCCGCUUCAGAUACUCGCCAUCGUUCUUGAACUGGGCUCUCAAAGCACCCGGCUGGAAGAAGGAAUGGCACGUCGGUGUGCGCGCAACUGCCUCGGGCAAGCUCGUCGCCUUCAUAUCAGGCAUCCCAAUCCAGCUACGAAUCCGCGAAAACACGCUCAACUGCUCUGAAGUCAACUUCCUAUGCGUGCAUAAGAAGCUCCGCUCGAAGCGUCUCGCUCCCGUCCUCAUCAAGGAGAUCACACGCCGAUGCUACGUCGAGGGCAUAUUCCAAGCUGUAUACACCGUCGGCAAUCUCCUUCCCACCCCCUUCUCGACAUGUCGCUACUUCCACCGCGCUAUCGACUGGGAGAAGCUGUACGACGUGGGUUUCUCUCCGCUGCCCGCCGGCAGCACCAAGCAGCGCCAGGUCGUGCGCUACAAGCUCCCAGACACAACCUCGACUCCAGGACUCCGCGAGAUGCAAGCGCAAGACGUCGAUGCCACGCUCGACCUGCUGAAGCGGUACCUCGAGCGCAUGGACAUGGCGCAGGUAUUCUCUAAAACCGAAUUCGAACACUGGAUGUCUCCUAAGGAAAAGCCCGAGGAGCAGGUCGUGUGGAGUUAUGUUAUCGAGGAUCCUGAUGCCCCAGACAAGAUUACAGACUUCUUCUCGUUCUACAACCUGGAAAGCACAGUCAUUGGACACAAGAAGCACAGUACCGUCAAGGCGGCGUAUCUGUUCUACUACGCGACGGAGGUUGCGUUUGAAAAGGACGACGCGAAGCUGAAGCAGCGGCUCAACAUGCUGGUCAAGGAUGCAUUGAUUCUGUCGAAGAAGGCUGGAUUCGACGUCUUCAACGCCCUCACUCUACUCGACAACCCCCUGUUCCUCGAUGAUCAGAAGUUCGGCGCCGGAGAUGGCUCGCUGCACUACUAUAUGUACAACUACCGCGCCGCUCUGAUCCCAGGUGGUAUCGAUGCAGCCAAUCGGGCAAGCGGGAAACACAUGGGUGGAGUUGGGUUGGUGAUGUUGUAGGUCGUUUCUAGAAAAGGAAAAAGGAGGUGAUGGGAGGGAGGUGGACGAAGGAGGUCUUUGCAUUCGGCUUGACUGCCGGCGGGGUCAGAUCAGCGGUAUGUGUGUAGGACAGAGACUCGAAAAAUCAUGUCAUGAUAUAGGAAAGAAAAAAGAUGCAUAUCAGAGCACUCAUUGACUCAUUAGUCUGAGCGUGUUCAGAGUGUGUUGCAAUGGUUCAAUAAGGACAGAGCAUAAUGAGGUAGAAUCGUCUGGUAGCUUCAAUACAUGUGAUGAAAAGGC